CUCCGCCUCCUGAUGACAUCACAGGCUAACCUGAGUUUCUGCAUUUCAGACACAGCAUCGACUGUCAGAGUGAGAGGUAAGAAACUGCUGCUGUUUUAAUCUUAAGGAGAGAGUGAAAAUCCAGUAAAUUAAUUUUUGUGAUCACUCUGAAAGAUUUUAUCCCUCAAGUUUAAAUGUUUGUCUAGAGAAGUUCUUUUCUGAACUGGGUCUCUCUUUGGGGUCUGGUCUGAUCCUUCUUUGAUCAGGUUUACGUCAGGAAAAAUCCUCACAUUAGCUUCAAGUCAUAACAAAAAACCUUGGUUUAACUAUCAUUUGAAACAGUACUAAAAGCCCACAUGCCGGGAUCAUCUUUCACCUGAAGAGUUCUUACUCUAGAUUUGACAGAUUUUCAAGCUUGAACCUGUUUGCUGCAUGGUUAACUCUGUGGUUGUCACACAAGUGAAUCAGCUCACCUGUCCCAGCAGGUUAGUGUUCGCUGUCUGAUGUUUGUCAGAGCUCAGCUGUGUAAGCACAUGUGAAAUUUACACUCCUGUUAAAGGAUCAGAUUCUUCUGCAAACAUCUUUUUCCUGUUUAGUUUUGACAGAUAAAUGCUUAAUGCUGCUUGUUAGUGCUUAAAUCUUUUAAAUCUUUAGCUAAAUCUGAUUAAAUUUGUGCACAGAAGCAGACAAACUUAUUUACAUUUCAACUUGACAUGGCUAAGCUAAGAUGAUACAGCUAAGCUCUGCUCACCAUGUGCUAAAAGAUACAGAGAGAUAUUUUAAACCAUGUCCAUCAUGAUAAGAAGUCUAUAAAACGUCCUGUGGAUGUUGAAAAUACUCAUGAGCUAUGAGCAUUAACCAUCGUUCAGGAGCUAACAGACUAUAGAAGCUUGCUACACAUUAGCAUGCAGCACAGAAACUUUGGUUUGAAACUGUAUGCCAGGUUUAUCUGAUAUGUUGCAGUUCUUGUUUGCUUUAAAUGUCUGUGUGUUUCUUUUGUUUUCAUUUUUGAUCAAGAAACGCCACAAGUCCUUUUUUCUUUGUUUUGUCAUUUUACUUUAGAAAGCUCAAAAGAUAGACCUCACUUUAAAUUACCAAAACAAUGACCAUCUCAAUCAUUUUUGAGUCCAUGCAACUUCCCCAUAAAUAUGGGGCCUGCUUUAUUAAGGCAAAAAUCAUAAUCAGGAUUACUUAAAAUGAUAUUGAUAUCAGGAUUAUCAAAAAUGAUUACCCACGAUUUGACAUCUUUUCAGAUAGCAUUGGCUUAAUUUUGGUGAUACUACUUAAUGAAUCAAAUGCCAAAUUUCACUUGAAUUGUGUCACACCGCUUACAGUUUAUAACACGCCAAAGAUCUAACAAAUCAUUCAGUCUUUUCAUGACGUUUAAUGUCCUUCAUAACAUCAAGAUGGGUUUGUGUUUUAUUAUGAUACAGAGUGAUGUCUCUCACUUUGUAGCCCAGCAGUUGGUAGUUAGCUCAUGUGACUGCUACAGCCUCUCUUUUGUAGUGCUCAUAAUGGAGGCAAUACAGCAUAUAGGCCAAUAUUGUUCAGUCUUGAUCAUAGAACUUUUAUGAUUGUGGGGAGCCAAAAUCCUAAUCCAAAUUUAAAUCCCAUUAAUCCACAAGCUCUUACCCCCUAACCCAUUUAGUCAAAAUCCUAUUCUGUGGCUGUGAAACAUGAAUGUAUUCUCAGUGGCAUUACCUGUUGGUUACUGAAGCGUCUUAUUAGAGAUAGAUAUAAAAAAUAUAUAUAUCUGCAGAUCAAUCUGGUUACAGCUAGUCAAGCGUUCAACAUCAUUUGCCUUUUUGCUUAACGGUUCCCUUAUCAACAUGCCUUGCAAAGCGAUGUCAUGACACAUCCUGAGAAGCAGUCGUAUAAGGGACAAACAAGGUAGUCGUCAUGGCGUAUAGAAGGCAGGAGCUUCCAGUUCAUCUUUAAAUACUGUUAUAGGACCGUGCCAUGUGCUAACUCACUGUAAAAUCCACUCGCUUAGUGAGAACAGGAGCUGUCCAGUGAUAAAGUCCAAGUCCGUCAAAGAAGAUAGUGUGUUUCUCUUUUCACUUUGACAUGUUUUGACUUCGGUCUUCCUGCAGUCCUUCCCUGAUUUUCAUAGAGCUUUGGUUGGAAGUGCUAGGAUGACCAAACCAAUCGUUUUGGACAAGAUGAUUAGUCCAGCCUGUCCAGAUCAGCAAACAAAGAUACACUCUGGUGCUUUAUGAAUCACUGAACCCUGCAUGUCUGUUUCUAACAUGCUUAAAAUCUGUUCUGCUGUGGACUGGGCCCACCUGAAGGAACUUUGACAUCUGACUGGUUAAUGUGUGAUUUGGUUAAAGAGGUUUGGCUUCAGUCUUCACCAGUCAGAAGAACCUUUGUGCGUGACUUUGCUGUGCCAAUGCUGGUGCAAACAAUUGUCUAGACACCAAAGUAUACGUCUUCGUUCCGACAGGUUGCAGAAAGAUGAAGUUUUGUGACAUUUAUUUUCAAAGAACUCACCUCUAGAACAGAUUCUGCAAUAAACGCUGACCGGCUCUGGCAGGACACUGCGCUGCAGAUCAGAAUCACGUUUCCUUAGUUGAGUGAAAGUUGAGUUUACACAGACAAGCAACAGAAAAUUUUUAUCACAGAAAGAGAAAUGCAAAGUAUGUGUGAGAACAGGAACAAUAAACAGAGAAGGACUUGUGUUUGAGAUGGUAGCGAUAAUGUUUGUAACACCACACAUACUUGAUCCAAUUUCUACAAAUCCUGUAACCAAAACCAAUGAAUGUGAGCAGAAUAGAGAGUUUAGUAUGUCAGGGAAAUAAAUACAGGACACCUAAUUUUUCAUGUGCAGAAAGAACUCAAGCAGGGAUAAACAAGAUUUCCUCAUUUUCAAGAUUCGUCAAAUUGUUUGCUGAAACUGGGUCAUUUCCUAAACAAGGAUUUUAUUGUUUUAAGUUUUUCGAAGUGAAAAUUAAUCUCACUAAAGGAGAGAAACAUCCAGAAACAUGAAUGUCUGUGAUCAUACAUCUUUCAUGUUGUUAUGUUUGAGAGGAAUUAGAAAUAUUACCCAUUUUACGAUGUCUUUAAACUUUAUCCUCAGGUAACUGCUGAGUUAUGACUAUCUGUGACUAUCACUGUGUUUCUCUUCGUACAAUCAGCUUUUAUUAUUUUACCUUUUAUUCCGGUAAUGAUAUUGUUCUCUGCACAUUUUUGUAUUUUUGUAAAUUACUGUCAUAUUUGUCAUAUCUUUGAGCCCCUUGAAAACGAGAUUUGUCUACUUAUAUUUCUAUCGUUAGUCAUAAUGUAAUGAUUUCUGUUGUUUGGUAAGAGAGUAAAAGCCCUGGUCUUAAAUACUCCUCGUGUUCGUUGGACGCAGCCUCCUUCCUGUCAGAGCUCAGUGACUCACCUGUAGUGUUUUGUUAUUUUUGGCGGUUGGUUGAAUCUUUUGUGUCAGACUUUUUUGCAGGAAUGUGGUCUGACUUGGUUCCUUUUUUACUCUUACAGUUUGUUUUUUCUAACCAGUGAGGUAAAGUGAGUCGACAGUUUCUGAUUGUUUGAUUGAGAGCAAUUUAGAUUUAAAUAUCUGCUGCGUAUGUUUGACAUUGACAUGUUUGACAUUAGACUGGUUUACUCCUAACCCUAAAGACAUGAGGCGUAUUUCAGAUUGAGUUACUCAUCUAUAAUUUCUUUAGUAAAUCCAUAUAGAAAGUCAUCUUUGUUUUGAAGUGUCAGUAUCCAAGUAAUCCAAGGAUUGCAGGUGCCAACAGGUGUGUUAGUAGAGAGUGAUGUAAAUGCUUUUUGUGUUUAUUAAUCCUCUCUUUCUGUAACAUAAAGCUCUCACUUGAAUAUGAUCAUAAGUGUAUAUGAAGCACCUAUAUACUGUUACUCAGAGCACAAAUCUACAGAUACAAGAAUAUGCUUCAUAGGAUGAAUUAAUUCAAAACAGAUUUAUCUUUCAUAUUUCUGUACUGAGAGCUGACUGCAACAUCUAUUUUAGGCUUCUCUUCUAAGUGGACCUUUACAGCUCAGCUGAUUGUAAAUACAGUCUCUGAAAGUUCCACAGACCAAAACAAGGAUGGCAGCCUUCAACUAGCCCAGUCAGCUAACACCAGAAAUUACACUAAUUUAACAUAAUUUAAUCCACAAAAUCCUUUUCAGAUUACCUUUGUUUCUGAGGAAGAGUCUCUAAAAUACUUUGACCUUCUCUUUGGCAUAAAGUUUAUCCUAUCACCUGCAAGCUGACGGUCUCACAAAGUGAGUGGAUUUAAUAUUAAGCCAAUAUCCCACUUUUUCAAAUGUACUUUGAGAAAAAAAACACUGUCUCAUUUUAGGGUAAAUGCAGUAAUUUAGGAAUGGUUUGAAGGAGAAUUCAAGUAAUCUCAUGUAUAGCAUGUAUAAUAUGUUUAUAUUACGUAUUGUGCACAUGUGUGCACAAUACGUAAUAUAAACACACUUUCACCUCAGAGGUCAAGGAGCAAAAGAAAAUCAGAAAACUGUUGACAUGUUUUAUUGCAUUCUUAUACUAAUGACUAAACCACUGUUUUCUGUGAAUUAUUAGACAAAAAUGGAUAAAGCGUGCAGUUUGAAGAGAUUUAAUUUGUAUUUUUGGAGAUACUUCGUACCCUCCACUUAGUCUCUCCUAGCCCCCACUAUGGAAAUCACCGGUAGACCUCCCACUGAGCAUUUUUUAGUCUCAAAGAGAUCUAAUAGAUGUCCAAAUGUAGCCUAGAUGACUGAUCUAAAAUCAGGCUACAACAGGUCUAAAAAUGAAAGUUUAUUUAGAUGUCCAAAGUUUGACCAAAUUUAGACCAAGUUUAAAUCUAGGCUUUAUCUAUACUACACUGUAUAUUGCUCAACAGCUAUCAUAAUUAUUUUGGUUAAGUACUUUAGGAUCAGUUAGUUUUGAAUAAUGGGUUAAAGUGUAACGUCUAAAUUCCAUCUAAAAAUACACAGAAUCUAGACGGUUGAAAGUAAGUCUAAAUAAAGUCUAAUAGCCGUGUAUUGCCCAGUGGGCACUGAACAUGUAAAAGUGUUUCCUCUGGUGUGUCCUACAGCAGAUGAUGGCGGAGGCCCCGGAGCUGUUCUCAGAGCAGGAGCUGACCUGCUCCAUCUGUCUGGAUAUAUUUGAUGAGCCAGUCUCCACUCCCUGUGGACACAACUUCUGCCAGGUAGCAUUUACACACACAACCACACAAAACACCUGAGACCAGCUCAAAGCAAACACCAGAAAAUUCCUUAGAAGUUGUACAACAUGAACCUUAUUUUCUUAUUUCAGGCAUGUAUCGGGGGUUACUGGGCGUCCAGUGCGGUCUGCACUUGUCCGCUCUGUAAACACCAGUUUGACGAACGUCCUCAGCUCAGUGUCAACAAAGUCUUCGCCCUCAUCGCUAAUAAGUACAAAGAGGCUCAGUAUGGCGCAGCAGGGAUACCAAUGCCCGUCAGGAACGGGACACCCACACAGACAGGCACGAUGUCCACAGACACGAGCAGCACCAACCCAUUUGUGACAGCACCUAGUGGUGAGGUGGUUUGGUGUGACGUCUGUACGGGUUUGAAAAAACCUGCUGUCAGUUCCUGUCUCACCUGCACCGCUUCAUACUGCACUGAGCAUGUGCAACCCCAUCAUACCACACCCUUUUAUUCCAAACACCCACUAAUGGACCCUCAGGAGGCCCUCAGGGGCCGAACGUGCUCACUACACCACCGUCUGAUGGAGGUGAGAGGGAGUACAGGCGUGUUGUACAGAUGUUUGUGGUGAAAGUGAUUUAUGGAUCUUAGAGAUUGAAAGACGGAUCAUUUCUAGAAAGAAAGAAACAUACUAAUGGGUCUUUACUAUCUAAUUUACUUCUCUUGCGUUCACUUGUCCAGGUGUUCUGUCGGACAUGUCAGCUCUGUAUCUGUGCCAUCUGUGUCCUGGAAGAACAUCGAACACACAAAACUGUCUCCGUCCAGACUGAGAGACUCAGCAAACAGGUACAGAGAAGGAAAUAUGAUCAUAAUAACAUAAGUGAUAUUUUUAAGUAUUAUUUUAAUCCUUUGGGAACACAUUCAGCUUUAAACACAAACCCUUUCUUCGGAUUCAGAAACAUGUAGCAAGGACAGAGCAGGAGAUCCUGAACCGGAUUAAAGAGAAAGAGAUUCACGUGGCGCAGCUGAAGAAGAAACUGGACGGAGUCAAGGUCAGACUCUUUACUCCUUCAUCAGAACAUUUUAAAACGUGUAUCUACAAACACAGCCUUCAAAUGCCUGUGUGGUAUGAUAUAAAAUACUUAAAUAAUCGAUGUUGUUGAUAUUUUUGUGCACAGUCGUACGCAGAUGGAGAGCGAGGUGAGGUGGAGCACCUCCUGGACGAAGUAUCCAGUGCAUUGGACAGGAUCCGCUCCGAGGUUGUUGGUGGGAUUGAGAACCAGCUGGAUGCUGUAAUGUCAAAGGGGGAGGGGCAUGUGAAUCGCCUGGAGGCAGAGCUUAGCCAGCUGACGGAGAGGAGAGCAACGCUGGAGGUCCAAGCCAUCAGUCAGGACCACAUCGGCUUCCUGCAGGUCAGAACUAAACAUUUAUCUCCUUUAAUUUCCACUUUGGUGAGAAAUAAUCCAUCUGACCAUCAACCUGUUAGCAUAAGACUGUAACCAAUUAGCAGUAGCAUCUGUAUGUAUGUUAUCAUAACCUGUUACCUCGUCCCCUCAGAGCUUUGAAAAGGCCACAGCUCCUCUCUUGGAGGAUCAGCAGGAUGAUGUAGAUGAGGACGAGGAGUUCUCUCUCCACUUCCACCUGGGGGACGUGAAGAGCGCUCUGACUGAGGUCAAGGAGAAGAUGGAUGACAUUCGGAUGGGGGAGGUCCGCUCCAGAGGCUCCAGAGGGUCCUGUGAGUGUCUCAGACAGUCAUUUUGAUCUGUGUGAACUGUUUAUGACAAACUGAAAACAUGUCUGCUUAAAUAACUAUUAUUCUAAUUUAACUUCUAAGAUUUCAACUAUACUUAACCAUACACAACAGUAUGUCAUCAUACCAUCAAAUACUAAACAAUACAAUACUAUACCAAACCAUCCUAUAUUAUACGAUCCUAAACUAUUCUAUAUCAUUCUAUCUUAUUCUAUACUAUACUAUACCAUCCUAUAUUAUACUAGCCUAUACUAUACCAUCCUAUAUUAUACUAGCCUAUACUAUACCAUCCUAUAUUAUACUAGCCUAUACUAUUCUAUACCAUUCUAUCUUGUUCUAUACUAUACUAUACCAUCCUAUAUUAUACUAGCCUAUACUAUACCAUCCUAUAUUAUACUAGCCUAUACUAUUCUAUACCAUUCUAUCUUGUUCUAUACUAUACUUAAUUAUACUAUACUAUACUACCAUCCUACAUUAUACUAUACUAUACUAUACUAUACUAUAUUAUACUGUACUAUACUAUACUAUGCUAUAUUAUACCAUCCUAUAUUAUAUUAUACUAUACUAUACUAUAAUAUACUGUCCUAUAUCACACUAUAUUGUAUUAUACUGUACCAUCCUAUAAUUUACUAUACUAUACUAUACUAUACUGGAGGUCAAGUUGUAUUCCAAUAUGCUGCCAUACUAAUGUUCAGUAUAAUAUGAUACACUGCAAUAAGAUAUAUAGGAUAUGAUAAGAUACAGUAAGGUACAGGGAGGAUGUAAUAUAUUAUAAUAAGAUAUAAUACAUUAUGUUACAAUACAAUAAUUGCAUUAAAGAACAAUGUAGUUAUGAUGCAUUACAAAUUCUUGAGAUGAUGAUCAGGAUAUAAUGCCAUAAGAUGUGAUAUGAUACAACACAAAUGGAUACUGGAAACUAUGAUAACAUACAGUUUGAUUCAAUAUGGCAGUUUGUAAUGUGCCCAGAUGUGUCAAUACUAAAGGAGAUAGUUCAGUUUAAUAUGAUUCAGUAUAAUGUGUUCAGGCUCAAUAUUUAACACAAUUUAACACAAUAAGAUAUGGUGUAAUUGGAUGCAUUACUAUAUGAUACUAUUCAAUAGACCAAUGGUUUUCAAGUCCAGUCCUCGAGGCCCACUGUCCUGCAUGUUUUGGAUGUUUCCCUGCUCCAACACACCUGAUUCAAAUGAUUAGCUCGUUAUCAAGCUCUGUAAUGGCUUGGACUUGAGAAUCACUGCAUUAGACUAUGGUGUGUUUCAUUGUGUCUUCAUCUUAAUGCUGCCUCCACAGUUGUAUUGAUUAGUGAAAUAUCUUGUUUUGGUUUCAGUUUCAUCAGGUGACCUAAUGAUGGCAGAAAGCAUGAUGAGUUUGAGGGCGAGCACCACCAGUUUGAGGAAGAGUCAAUGGAGCCUGAAAGGUCAGUGAUGCUCUAAAAUCAGCUGAUUGAUGACCACAAGGUUCAUCAGUCAACAUAAACAUCAUCAGAGGAACUGUUGCAAAGAGGGAUUCAAAUCUGGUUUGACCGAUCUGGACUUUUAAUGUGAAAAAAUGACUGUAUUUCCUGUUUCCCAGAUCUGAAGAAGAACAAACCAAUCUCAGGUAGGUGCCUGUUAAAUCAAUGGAUUAGAUAUUUUAACUCUGUAAAUAUGCAUUAAAAUGUUUUAUUUCCUCAUCUCCUGUUAAAGUAUUUUCUUGAUUUUUGUUAUAGGACAUAAAAAGGCCAAAGUCUACAUGGGUGAGUACAUAUUUACUGUCUAAAUUUAGUCAUAUUUUUAUUGGUUUCAAAACUUUUCUCAGCUUUUUUUAACAGGCGUGACAUGAAUAUCUUUGUCAGAUAUUGAAACUCUUAUUCUGAGAUCAUAUUUUCAAGCUAUCUCUAAACACUAUUAUUUGUCUCAUCCUGUUGGUUUGAAUCUAGAGGACGUGCUGUUGAACCCGGUGACAGCGUACCCCUUCCUCAUCCUGUCUGAAGACAGAAAGCAGGUGAAGCGGGGAGAGAAGUUGCAGUUCUACAGAAACAGCCAGCAGCGUUUCGACGUCUGGUCCUGCGUUAUUGCUAAAGAGGGAUUCAGCACUGGGCGGCAUUACUGGGAGGUCAGUUUCCACUCCCACAGCUAGAACUAAUCAGGGGCAUGUAUGACAUAUGAACCUGUGCUCUGUUCACCUGUGCAGGUGUUUGUGGGGGAGAGUAAGGACUGGAAACUGGGAGUGGUCACUGAGUCUGCACAGAGGAAAGGUCUGUUUGACAUGAGUCCUCCUAACGGAUACUACGCCAUCUGGUGGAGUGGCAGCCAACUGCGAGCGCUCACUGCACCGCCGCUAACAAAGGUAUGUCAUUAUUUUUUGCCAAAGGACAAAAUGUUUAAUGAGCAGGGAAAGGAAAAUUUCUUGAAUCAUAAUUAUGAUAUUUUAUUUGGUCCUUGUGUGGUAUAAAUGGGCUUCCAUAUGGUGUAGCUGCCUUUUCCUUGAAUUUUUUGUAAUUUACUUACUGAGAUUUAGUUUCCGUCUUUGAUUAUAUCUACUCUCAGGUAUGCAUUGAUAUUUUUACCUGUUGACUGCAGAUAAAGAAUCCCCCAAAGCUGCGUCAGGUGGGUGUGUUCCUGGACAUGGAGGAGGGUCAGGUGUCAUUUUAUAACGUGAAGUCGGGCUCAGAGAUCUACGCCUUCAACGGAUCCUCCGAGUUCACCGAGAGGAUAUUUCCUCUGCUGGGCACCGGAGACAAAGAGGUCCCUCUGGUCCUCGUGACCACCCAACACCAGCUGGCCUGAAGGACCGGGACCCAGACCUGAGGGACAGGAAGGGGGUCAAAACUCAAGAGGAUGAAAGGGAGGAAACUGAGGGAUCAUACAGGGCGGACAGAAGCACUGGGACAGAACUGAUCUUUGGGGUCACGGAGGACGUGGACGAAAACUCCAUAAACUGAUUUUAGUUCCUCUAAAUUGACUUUUAGCUUCACCGUGACAACAGAAUAUCCAAUCAGAUUUUCAAUACCAUGUUUCAAUGAGCAGUGACUGUUACACAAAUGUGUUAAUAUUCAGGCAAGAUUAUUUUCAUCUUACAUCAAGAUUGUUUUCAUGUUACCUCAACAUCCUUAUUACAUUCUAAAUUCUUAUUACAUUUUAAAAAGAUCAUUUUCAUGUCAUGACAAGAGAGAUACACAAGAUCAUACAAUGCUAUUACAAGAUCCUUUAAUUACUCAGCAAGAUCCUUUCACAUUUUAAGCAAGAUCCUUUCAACAUCAUAACAGUAUUUUUUUUUUUCAAAUUAGUACUCAUAAGUCAUUUUUUAUGGCAUGAAAUAAUCUGUAUCAUGUUUUAACAAGAUCUUGUGUAUGUUAAAACAAGAUCCUUUUCAUGUAAUACCUUUUUAACUUUCAAGAUCCUCACUUAAUCGCAAGAUACUUUUAUGACACAAAUAGUUGGUUUUCGUAUCAAAACAAGAUCCCAAUCAUGUUAUUACAAAAUUGCAUUACGUUUUAACAAGAUCCCUUGAGCUUGCACACAAUCUUUUCCAAAUUCUUGAAAUAUUGUUUACAGGAUUUUUUUUAAGUGCACACAAGAUCCCCUUCAUGUUUGGGCAAAAUAUUUAUCUUAAUUAAAAAUCAUUUUCAUCUGCGUUGAUGAUCACUUCAUACAACCUAUUUUUUUUUAUGUAUGAACAAGAUCCUUUUUAUGUAAAAUGAUCUUUUUCAUGCUCUAACAGAUUGAUAUUGUUGCAAGAUCUUCUCUUUUUAAGAGCAAGAUCUUUUAUUUAAAAUACUAGAUUCCACAAUACCAACGAUACCCUUGCUUUAAGAAUGAAGGAUCUUGUCAAAACUUUCUACAGCAAGAUCCUUCCACGAUGCUGAGGACAUCUUUCAACUUUGAUUAGACAAUGUUUCAUCUUCCAAAAAAAUAUAUAUAUAUAUAUAUAUAUUUAUACGCUAUCAUAUUGCAUAUUGCUGUCAUUAUCUGUCAACAAGCUGUAAUUUGAUAAAUGAGAAACUGGUUUCUAAUUUUUGUCAGAUUUGUCGAAGUGUUGCUGCUCUGAAUAAUGUGGCACUUAUAUUCACUGUCUUGAUUUGAUGUGAAAAUGAUCUUUUUAAAAUCAUUUAUUCUGCGUUUGAUUAUUCAUUAUACAUAUUUCUUAUAUUAUAAGAAACGCAGAAUAAAUUGAGUUGUUGUCAUGUUAGAAGCUAAACUGUAUGUUUGCUAGUUCAUGUUUUACUUAAAAUUACAUUUGGAAGAUUGGAGUUUGCUGUAUGUGAUAUUGGAGGCAGGAAAUGGGUGAAACAUAUAUUAACAUUUUCUAAACAAAAAAUGAUUGAAAAUAUUUCCUGAGUUCAACUGAUAUAUGAAAUUUUGUGAAAUAAAUUAAUGUAAAUAAAAAGUGAC